AGUGAAACUGCACGUGGGUGUCAGAGGCAGACGCUGAGGCCGUAGCUGCGGCAUGGAGAGCACAGGGCGGACAGGUGGCCCUUCGUAACACACGUAGAGGUUGCCAACUCGCCAAAUAUUUCAUGGUGAUAUCUCAAGGCAUCACUGCUGUCCAUGAUGAGUCUGGAAUUUAAAUCGCAUGGCAGUGUUCCAGUAGGACCUUGUGUCCUUUGGCCUGUGGACCUAAUGCUCACUCACCUGAACUGGAACCCAGAAGCCACGCUCAUCCACUUCCAAGGCCAGUACCUCACCAUCUGUGAACUGGAUUACAACAUCCUCCAGGGAGAGAUCCAAAAUGCCCCCAAAGCUCCAGCUGCUGUUGAUAUAGGAGAGUUUUGUCUUGUUGAAGACCUGACCUCAGCGCGUUGGUACAGAGGACGUGUCCAGAACCUAAAGAAGGACUUGUAUGAUGUGUUUCUCAUUGAUCAUGGUAACGUACUAAGUGUGGAUGAGGCACAUAUUUCCUCUUGCUCAAAUGACCUCUUCAUUUUACCCCCUAAAAUUGUCUGUGGCUUUCUCUCAAGCGUGCUGCUGCUUCCAGACUCCUGCCACUCGGUUGUAGAGAAGUACUUUGCUAAUCUAAUUGGAAGAAAUGUCACAGGUUACAUCCAAGCUUUUCUCCCUCACAAAGUGCUUCUACUGGAAGCCCCAGACAUCAACAGCGACCUUGUCCGCCAUGGUUUUGGGAGACAUGUUGACACCAGUACAUUUCUGCUUUUGGUUGAGAUGCUGACAGAAGCUCCUUUAAAACAAAACAUUGAACCAGCUCCUUAUUUACUCAUUGAAAAGCAAAGAGGACAAGAGUUCUUAAAACUGACAAGUCUAAAAGGAUAUGAGAACAUCCUGUCAUCCUGCAGACCUAAAUUGAAAUGCGGAUCACAUGUGACAGUGCGUGUUACAGCUGCCGUUAAUCCUGGACUGUUUUACUGCCAAAUGGCCGACAAAGAAUCAGAGCUCAAGGAGUUAUCAAGCAGUCUCGCAGUAGCUUGUGAGUUAAAGGUUAGAGUCAAUCAACUGAGAACCCCAGACAAUCUUGGCUUGCUCUGUUCUGUCAAAGGUAAAGAUGAAAAAUGGUACAGAGGUUUAGUCCAGCAUCUGCCUGUCAACUCCCUUUACCGCGUGCUGUUUGUUGACUAUGGCUACUUUGAAUCUGUUAACGUUGAAAAUAUCCAUAAAUUGCCACCACAUUUCUGCUCUAUUCCUGUCAUGAGCUUCCCCUGUGCCUUAUCCUGCAUGAACAGUGAGGAAGAGGCUAUCAAAAACAAACAGCUCGGUUUCCUAAAGGCAAGUUUACUUGGAGGAAUACUGGAGAUUGAGAUCAACAACUACAAACCAAAACAACAUCUUUACUGCGUCACCAUUCUGAAAGCCCUAGAAAGGGUGACUCCAAUUCCCAUUCAGAAAUUUUCCAGCACAGAGUUAACCCGCAAUGAGCUGAGCUUACCUCAAAGUGGGCAUUUGUAUUACGAGACAGUUAUGAGCAAAGAACUUGACAAAACGCUUGGAGAUGAGGAAAUUCAAGUUGGUUCCAUCUUUGCUGGCUACGUGGAGCAUGUUCAAAACCCCAAUCACUUCUGGGUUCGGACUGAAAAACGGAAUGACGAGUUUGAAGAAAUGAUGGAGAAAUUGUCCAGACAUUUUAGAAGAAUAGCACUUGAUGAAGACAUAUUGGAAAACCCAGAGCCAGGGAUGCUUUGCUGUGCGGUCUAUGAGGAAGACAUGCAUUAUUACAGAGGCGUGGUGGUGGACCUUUUGGAGCAUGGGGCAGAGGUGCUCUUCAUUGACUUUGGGAAUAUCGGAAAAGUGCCACACAAUUUAAUCAAGAAAAUACCUGAGGAGUUUGCAGACAAGUCUGCAUUUGCUUUGUGCUGUAGCCUCGUCAAUGUUGUGCCAAUUUACGAGUUUUGGUCUAGCAGUAGCACUGACUCUUUCAGACACCUCGUGUCAAACAAAGUGCUACAAAUUCAUGUCAUCCAGAUGAGGAAAAGCAAAUGUGAUGUUGACCUUUAUGAUCAGGAAUGUAGGAAUGAUGGCGGCCAAGGCCUGUCAGAGUUUCUCAUCUCAACCAACCAAGCAUGCUAUGGCAAAAACAUCUCAAAAGAGUUGAUGGGUGGGAGGAAACUAUACAGAACUAAACGGAAAGUAACAACACAUAAUAAACAACCAUUACUACAACCAAAGGCAGCCAAAAAGUGGAAUGAGGAGGAGGCGUCACUGGAGAAACUUAAAGAACCAGUUAGCAUAAAAGUGCUCAACAUUAAGCCUGGUUGUGAGUUUGCUGUUCGCUGCGUACUCAUAAACACACCCUCAGACUUCUGGUGCCAGCGCCUCGAUCAAGUGCCUGCUUUAGAGGCUCUGAUGGAAAGACUUCAGGAGCACUAUUCAACCAGAACUGUCCCACUUGAACCAGAAACGUCGUGUUGUGUCGUCAAGUUGCCCUUCAAUGCAAAAUGGUGCCGCGGGAUCAUCACAGAAAGACAAAAUGGCAAAACAAGAGUCAUUCUUGUCGACUUUGGUUCAAGCAUUCAAGUCACAGAAGAUUGUUUACAAGGAUUGCUCCCAGAAUUCUGUGUUUUGGAAGGGCAGGCUUUUAGAUGCAGCCUUUAUAAUGUGAUUGAACCACUAGCACUGGGUUGGACUGGCAAUGCCACAGAGUUUCUAAGACAAUUUGCUAACAAUAGCGGUGCAAACCUUAAAUGUAAUGUUGUUUCUCAGUUAAAUGUAAAAAACAAAGGGUUGUGCAACGUUGUGCAUCUUUGCAACACAGAAUCCAAUCAAAGUGUGUCCAACUUGCUUGUUGAAAACUCUCUUGCACAAGUAGUUACAAGGACUCCAUCUCCAACAGUAUUCCCUGAAUCUUUUGUUUACUCAUCUUAUGAUCUCAGAGAGGGGAGCGAAGAGCAGGUCUUUGUCACCCAUGUCCACAGUCAUUUUGAGGUCUUUUGCCAACUUGAAAAAAAUACAUUAGUCUUGGAAGAGAUUGAUGCCAAAAUUUCAGAGGUCCAAAAAGUAAAACAAGCCAAUGCAGAAACUGUUGUCGAAAAACUGUGUCUUGCAAAAUACCAUGACGGCAAGUGGUACAGGGGGAUUGCUUACUCAGCUCAUCCUCCUUCUCAUGUUUGCGUGACAUUUGUAGAUUAUGGAAACACAAUGAUGACAGAGAAAAAACAUGUGAUUUUCAUCCCAAAAGAGUCAAUGGAGCUGUUAAACAAACCAAUGCUGGCGUUGAGGUUCAGUCUGGCCGGGGUUCCUCAGGGUAUCGUUUUUGCGCAGGUGAGUGAGUGGCUUGAUGCUGCGGUUCUCAAUAAGCAGGUGAGGGCAGUCAUUGUUGCAAAAAUGGAAGAUGGAUCUUUUGGGGUGGAGUUGUUUGAUGGGGAAGUUAGUGUCAAUGAGAGGCUAAAGGAGCUCAUUCACAGCCUUACACCUAAACCAAAAAUAGCCAUAACCUUCAACAUCAGUGGUGGUAAGAAAACCCAAAACACCAGUAAGCGCCAGGGCCAAGCAAAGACAUCUCCCACGAAAAACAUGCAAAAGAAAAAUCUAAAUAAAUCAAACAAACACAGUCCCAACAAGCGAACUGGGCCAGUGAAAUCUCCACAGUCAAAGAAACCAGAUGAAGUUACGCAAAGAGCAGAGACAUACAACUGGCCCAGCCCUCCAGAACCGCAAACAAAGUCUGCCAUCCAACAUAACUCCAAGGUACUCCAGAUCUCCUGUUUAUCUUUAAUAAAACUCACUGAAGGCUCAAAGUUAAAAUGUUUUGCCUCCCAUAUUGAUUCACUCAGUAGUUUCUUCCUCCAGCGUUCUAGUGAUGAAGUAAACAUCUUUCAAAUGGCAGAAGAUCUGAACUCAAGCUCCUUCAGAGAAACUUUAGAGCCAUGCACAAACAUUUCCCUAAAAGUUGAUGAUCUGGUUCUCGCAGAGUACGAGGAAGAUGGGGCAUUGUACCGUGCUGUUGUCAAGCAAAAUAUAGACUCCUGUACUUUCAAAGUGGAAUUUGUUGAUUUUGGAAACUCUGCCAUAGUGGGGAAAGAAAAGGUGUUUGUAAUGGCAAAGGAGUAUGUCUCUCAACUGCGAUACAGCAUACCAUGCAGCCUACUGGACAGCUCAGCUUUUAACAAUACUGCUGCUUUUGCAAAUGCAGUUAUGGACAAGCCACUAAGGGUUGAGUUUGUUUGUUACAGGAAGUCUCAAUGGGAGGUCAAAGUUGAAAUUCUUGAUGCAACAGCUCCAGUACCAGUUGAAGCAGCAGCUCCAAAAGAAACCAACACAAUUCCUGAAGUGAAAAAAACACAGACAAAACCAAACGCCAAAAAACCUGUAAGGAGAGCCAUAAAGAGAAAACCGCCCAAGACAGUAAGCACUAUUGAAGUGUCGAAAGAUGUUUUCAAUGCCUUCUUGCUUCCAAAAAUCCAAAGAGGAGACACUGAGAUCGGUCUAGUGCUGUCUGUACAGAGCAAUGGAGAUUUCUAUUUCAGGCUUGACAAAUCUGGGGACACAUUAGCUGCACUGGAGUCACUGAUGACUAUAAACUUCAAGAACUUUAAACCUAUCUUGACAAGUGAUGUCAAAAAAGGCCUGAACUGUGUGGUUCAAGAACAAAAUGGCGGACCAUGCCGUAGGGCUGUUGUCAUUAAGGUUUCUCACGAUGCUUGUUUGGUGCACCUGUUGGAUCAUGGGAAAAUUGGAACAGCAUCAAAAAGCACCCUGCGGCAGAUGAAGAACUACAUUACAAUGAUUCCAUCAUUUGCUGUGCACUGCAGACUGAACAUCCAAAGAGGCCGUGCUCAGGACAUGCAAAUGUGUUAUGAAGCAAUUAAAGCCAUUGAAGGAUGUAAUGUCAAGCUUGUAUUUGUCAGUAUAUCAGAAAAACAACAACUGUGGUUUGUAGAAAUAGUUAUGGACGGAUUCCUUCUCCAGUAUCACAAUUCAAAUACAGAGAAAAAAAAAACUGAACAGGAUUCUGGACAAGGAAAUGAGAGCGCGACUGAGCAGGAUGAGCAGGACCUCCCUCAGAAACUGGCCUGUGCUCCUGUUACACUGAAUAAGGAGUAUUGUGGCUUUGCGGCUGCUGUCACCACGCCCUUUGAGUUCUGUGUGGUCUUGGAGGACUUGCACCUCUUGAGUCAAGUCUCCAUCCUGUUGGACGACCUUCAACACAAGCUGCAGCCCCUCCCCUCUACCCACCUCAUUCCCAGAGCUGGCUGCUUGGUUAAAUCUGAAUCCAGAAACAAGUGGUGCAGGGCUGAGAUCCUCCACGCAGAUUCUACUCUCAUGGUGAACCUUGUGGACUAUGGACACGUCAAAUGCUUGUCUUAUGUAGACCAUUCAAAGCUGAAAAAACUCCCAAAACACAUAACAGAGCUGCCUAAAGUGACUUACCCCUGCACCUUGAACAUGGUGAGGCCAGCUGGGGCAGAUGAACAGUGGAGCAAUGAAGCAGCCGUUUUCUUCCAGCAAUGUUUGGACCAGAAGAAUCUCCAGAUAUUCUUCAGGGAGGAGGUCUCCGAGUGCCAGUGGAAAGUGGACAUCCUGGCCAAUGGGGUCCAUGUUGCCAAGCAGCUGGUGGACGCAGGACACGCCAGCUACACGGACAUUGUGUUGGGACUACGGUUUCAGGAGCAGAGCCCUAGACGCAGCCUUUGGCCCCAAAGUGACAAGUGUGAUGAAGACCCAGAAAUGGAACAGAUUUUCAACGUUGACUCGGACUCCAAUCUGUGUAUGACGAUGUAAAUACUUCUGCUUUCAUCAUCCAGAAAACUGCAAUGUGAGGAUGACCCCUCCAACAGUAUUUUAGUUUGUAGUAGUUACAAGGGUUUGUUGUUCAGGGUGCUAUGUAUUUUAAAGGAUAUUAAGGUCAGUUCACUUUACUUUUAAAUGAACCAAUUUCAUUAUUAGAUUUUUUGUGUAAUGAGUCAUUAGUUGACUUAUACAUGUUAAUGGAUGUUAGUGUUUUAUUUUUGUUAUUCAAAUGAUAAAGUUCUGUAGUAAAGAUGAAAUAUAAAAUUUACUUAUUUCCUGGGCUCCACUUGGGGGCACUGUUCAACAAGGAACGUUCAUCUCGGCUCAUAAUUGUUCCAAAAUCAGGGGUGACUGAAAAAAAAUUUAUGAACAAAGAAAACAUUUUUAUUUAACCCAAUAAAUACAUCAAAAAGACAAACUAAUCUACAAAAAUCAUAAGUAUUGUAGCUGACAAAGAUCCGCAGAGUCUUGCAUUGUUGAAAAAUCUGUAUUUAUUAAUGAUUUACAAAAGGCUAAACAUGGAAACCAUUUAAAUGAUUCAGUUCAUUUGAAACCUAAGAAGGAACAGUGAGUUGGAUGGUUGGUCUGUAGAGUUUGUGUGUGGCCAUACAAAAACCUGCUGGAAUCACUCCAAACUGCAGAAGAAAUACAUCAAGUGUUUUUUACUCUUUAUUUAUGGGAGACACUGGAAUCGAGGUGUGAGAAGAGCAGCAGUGGUCAAUGUAAAAUAUAUCCUAUUACCUCAUCUUCAGUCCAUUUACAAGUCUCCCUCCAUAGCUGGUGUUUCUAACUCAAAAAAUAAUGUCACAGAUUGUUACCACAGUACAAGAGGUCCCAAAUAAUGGUUUGGAUUAUGAUAAAUCACUGGUUUUGUGGACAUUUAAAUUAAAAUUGUGCAAGUUUGCUUUUUUCUCCAUGUUUGUAAUAAAUAAAGCAAACAAUAGUGUUUCCCACCA